CGUGUGGCGCUGGAGGCGGAGGCUCUAAAUAAGGUGUAGUGAGUUGGUUAGGAACCUGAAAGGAGCCAGUAGAGCACACGUACUGAACCCAUGGCGUUACAAAACUGUUCCGCCAUCCAGUUUUAAGCGUUUUAAGCAUCUUUUUUGGUACUUGAAGGAACCAUGGAGGAACAAAGACAUGUUCAGGAGGACCUGGCGACUCUGUCGGAUUUGGACGAGAAGAGUUUACUCGAGUCACUGACUGGACGAUUCAGACACAGUCACAUCUAUACUUAUAUCGGGGACAUUUUGGUCGCUGUGAACCCUUUUAAGCAACUCCCACUCUAUGGAAAAGAGGUGUCAGAGAAGUACAAAUGCCAUGAGAAAAGGGCUUUGCCUCCACAUAUAUUCGCUGUAGCCGACAGAGCAUACCAGUCCAUGUUGGGCCGUCUGGCCACAGGGCCGAAAAACCAGUGCAUCGUCAUCAGUGGUGAAAGCGGAGCAGGAAAGACUGAAAGCACAAAGCUUUUAUUGCGGCAGCUUAUGGAGCUUUGUCGAGCGAACUCUCAGCUCGAGCAGCAGAUCCUGCAGGUGAACCCUCUUCUGGAGGCAUUCGGGAACGCCCAGACAGUCAUGAAUGACAACAGUAGUCGGUUUGGAAAGUAUAUUCAGCUGCGCUUUCAGAACUCUUCAGUAAAAGGAGCCAAAAUCAACGAGUAUCUACUAGAGAAGUCCCGUGUGGUCCACCAAGAUGAAGGCGAGAGGAACUUCCAUAUCUUCUACUGCAUGCUUGCUGGCAUUUCUUCCCAGGACAAGGAGAUGUAUGGCCUCCUGGACGCUACUCAAUACCGUUACCUGAACGGGCGAUUUGGCCAGGGAGAUAUGGUGCAGCACUGGAGUGAAAAGUAUAAUGAAGUGAGCAAUGCCAUGGAUAUGGUGGGCUUCGAGGAGCAGGAAAAGGUGGACAUGAUGACUAUCCUGGCCGGGAUCCUAUCUCUGGGAAAUAUCGCGUUCGAGCCGACUGAGAGCGAUGCCCUGAAAGUGAGCGAGACUUCACGGGGCUGGCUCAAAGCCACCGCGGGUCAGUUUGGAGUUGAGGAGGAGGACCUGAUGAGGUGUCUCACCUGCACUAUGUCAGUAACUAGAGGGGAAUCCAUCCACCGCUUACACAACCAGCAACAGGCUGAAGAUGCCAGAGAUUCGAUCGGUAAAGUGGUGUACGGCAGAGUGUUUGGCUGGAUCGUUAGUAAAAUUAACGAGCUGCUGACUCAUAAACUGGAUACGAAUGUUGAGCUGAGUGAAAUAGGUAUUCUUGAUAUCUUUGGCUUUGAGAACUUUGCCGUGAACCGAUUUGAGCAGCUCUGCAUUAAUCUUGCAAACGAGCAGCUACAGUAUUUUUUUAAUCAUCACAUUUUUCUAAUGGAGCAGAACGAGUACAAAGAGGAGGGCAUCCAGUGGGAGACCAUCACCUUCAAGGAUAACAAACCAAUUCUGGACCUGUUCUUAACGAAGCCGAUUGGGAUUCUGUCCUUGCUGGAUGAGCAGAGUGCCUUUCCUCAGGCCACAGAUGGAAACUUUGUAGACAAGCUGAACAGCAAGUUCAAAGCCAAUCCCCACUUUGAGGUGGUCCGGAGCCAUAGCCCUCUCUUCACUGUUGUGCAUUACGCUGGAAAGGUGCAGUAUAACGCCAGCGGCUUCCUGGAAAAGAACAGGGACAAUAUUCCAGCCAACAUUCGCUCUCUGUUCAUCAACAGUGUUACUCCCCUCCUGAGCGUCCUCUUCGCUGCCACAAUUUCCAGAACAGGGACAUUGAUGCCACGGAAAGCGAAGAUGGUAAACUUUGUGGACGACAACUUCAACUCGACCAGGAAGCAGUCUGUAGGCACGCAGUUCAAGCACUCCCUGGCUGUGCUGAUGGAGAAGAUGUUUGCCGCCAGUCCGCACUUUGUGAGAUGCAUCAAACCCAACAGCAGCAAACUGCCCGAUCAGGUGGACAGUAAGCUCAUCAUGGAUCAGCUGAGGUACAAUGGCCUGCUCGAGACAAUCCGCAUUCGAAGAGAAGGUUUCUCCUGGCGACCGUCUUUUAAAGAGUUUGCACAGAGGUAUAACAUCCUGCUGCUUAAACCGGAUCUGCCUUUGGACAAAGAAAGCUGUAUGUCGAUUCUUAAUACCACGGAGUUGCGUGAUUGGAAAUGUGGGUCAUCUCGGUUAUUUUUUAAAUACUGGCACCAGGACGAGUUGGCCCGUCUCCUAGAGAAACUUGGGAAGGCAGCUGUUGUCAUUCAGAAGAAUUACCGUGCAGUGAGCUGUAGGAAAAAGUACUUGGUCCUGCUGGCUGAGGUUAGGAGGCAACAGCAGGCCCAACGAGAGAGGGAAGAAAGGGAAGAAGCAGAGAGACGGAAGCAGGAGCUUCUGGAACAGGAAGAGAGAAACAAGCGUUUGCUUGUGGAGCAAGAAAACAAGAGGCCAGUUUCUCCCCCAGUUCCUCUACCCAGGAAGAAAAAACCCCAGCCCAGACCUCGGGCAAUACUCGCCGCUCUUGCCCUCGCACCUCAUCUAGCACCUGUACCUCGUCCACGCAGUAAGCAGUUUGAGGCGACUCCAUUUGAUAACGACCUGCAUGAGAACAGUGAUUUGAUGACCCUUCUGGCUCAGGAGGUGGAUGAGGAGUGGGCCAAUGAGAAAAGAAAGAAGAGGAGCAACACCAUUCGCUGGUUCAAAGAAACACAGGCCCGCAAAGUGGCCAAAAAUGGCGCUUUCCCUUGCUGGUUCCAUGGCAUGAUCACUCGGAGACAAGCUGAGGAUCUGUUGACCGACAAGCCUCUUGGCUGCUUUUUGAUUCGAGUGGGACAAAGUCGAGAAGGGUACACACUUACGUACAGGGGAGCUGACCGGCUUCGUCACUACAUGAUCGAGAUGCAGAGCAACGGGAAGUACGUGAUCCUUGGCGAGGACCGCGCACACGCCUCCCUGCUCGAACUGGUCCAAUAUCACACACAAGUGGGAAUCAUGCCCUUUAUGGAGCUCCUCACUGAGCCGUGUGGACAGACAUGUGACCAUGACCCAGACUACGAAGAGCUGAAGGCGUUGCGUUGUCCUGGCGUGUCUGACAGCAGUAACGCUGACUCCAGAGAGCACGACUACGAGGAAAUUGACCACGUGCAUGUUGAAAUGCAGAGGCUCUUUCAGCCUCCAGGGCAGAACCCGGACCCAGAGGCUCCUAAAGCCCCUGUCCUGAGGCGGGUGUCGGACAGAUACAGACGUGUAGACGCUGCUGAGAUCGAGCAGAAAGGAGACAGGGAUGCAGAGAAAGACAAACCUGUCCCCCGCCUCUGCCCUUCCAUCCGCUUAGCCAUGAGGGAGAUCCAGCAGAUCCAACAGCAGUUCUCAGCCAACCAAGAGCAAAACUCCCUAACCUCCCAAAAACCCUGGGCACCCUGGAGGAAGAAAGAUUCCUAACGGAAGGAAGGACAGACAACAACAUGUUUUUUUUUUUUUUUUUUUUUUUUUUUUGCUGCUAUCUAUACUUCAAAAUGUGAAUGGCUGAAUUUGCGAGAGAAGGAUUUGUGAAUGUGGUUUGAACAAGUGGAGGGAAACGCCUCAUAAGGCGAACUUGAGACUUUUGUUGACUAGGAUCUGUUUGGGUUUAGUGUUUGCAUUAUUUGUACGUAGUUAUUUAAUUGUUAAAUUAUGUAUUGUUUGCAUGGGACACGUAAUAAACACUGUCUGAUUUUGUAAACUUCCAUCACUCUGGGUUACACCUCUUUACACACACUGGGUUACAACACACUCUUUACUACAGUAAAGAGUGUGUUCACAUAUGCAGUGUUAGGACUGGAUCCGCACCGUGCAAAUUAAAAUAUCCCCCUGUGAGGAUUAAAUCUGUGUGUGGUUACAGUGAAUACAAUGUAAGCUGCUAAAGUGACCAGAGAUGGCAGAGUAUGAUGCAUGAUGUAUUUUGGAUAUCUGUGCCAAAAAACACAAGUCCUACAUACAAAAAAAUAAUAAUUAUAUAUAAAUAAUUUUUUUUUUUUUUUUUUUUUUUUUUUUUUAACACAGUGGUACACCCAAAAAAAGUCUACACACCCCUGUUUUAAAAAAAAAAAAAUGCAGGUUUUUGUGAUGUAAAAAAAAAUGAGACCAAGAUAGCUCAUGUCGAAUCUUUCCAUUAAUCUGAUGUAGACACCAACAAAAUUCAAGUGAAAAACAAAAAUCUAGCAAGGUCCUGGUUGCAUAAGUGUGCACACCCCUUUAAUUAUUAUUAUUUUUUUUAAACGCACCUUUUAACUUGGCGUAUCUUGAUUUGGCGACUGUUUCAUUUUUCCUUCUAAAAUGCUCCAGAUGGUUCAGAUUGCGAGUAUCUCCUGUGCACAGACCUCUUCAAGUCAUUCCACAGGUUUUCAAUUGUAUUUUGUUCUGAGCUCUGACUUUCCAAAAUGAUCUUGAUCUUCUGAAGGCAUUUCUUUCUUACUUGGAUUUGUUCUUUGGGUCGUUGUCACGCUAGAAGGUGAAAUUUUUCAUCUUCAGCUGUCUGAAAGAGCCCGACAGAUUUUGUGCCAAAAUAGAUUGGUAUUUGGAGCUACCCAUGAUCCCCUCUAUCUUGACUAGAGCCCCAGUUAAAGAGAAGCAGCCCAAUAGCAUGACGCUGCCACCACCAUGCUUCACAAUGGGUGUGCCGUUCUAUGGACAAUACACGGUCUUGUUCUUGCACCAAACACAACUUUUAGAAUUAAAGUUCUUUGUUCUCAUCAGAUUCAUAACACAUUUUGCCUCAUGGUUUUGGAUGAUUUUUUAGCCGAAAUCUGCCGUAGCCCAGACAUGUAAAGAAUGUGAGAGAUUGUUGUUACAUGCAGGGAGUGACCAGUACUUGCCACAUUCAGUGCUGUGAAAAAUUAUUUGCCCCCAUCCUGAUUUCUUUUUGUGUAGAUCUAUAUGGUUUCAGAAAUUAAAACAGAUUCUAAGAUUAAACAAAGUCAAUCUGAGUAAACACAAAAUACAGUUUUUAAAUUAUAAUGCUAUUCAUUGAAGCAAAAAAGUUAUCCCAAUACCAACUGGUUCUAUGAAAAUGUAUUUGCCCCCAUAGUUACUACUUCAUCAAAUUGAAGGAAACUUGAAUUCUGCUCUCUACCCAAAAACCCUGGAGAAUGUUCGGUCUAAGUUGAAACUCGAGCGCAACUGGAUUACGCAGCAAAGCAACGAUCCUUAGCACAUGAGUAAGUCCUAGAAGUAAGUGAAAGUCUGAUCUCCAGUUAUCAGAAGCGUUUGGUUGCAGUUGAUGCUGAUAAAGGUGGCACAGCCAGAUUUCAAGUUUAAGGGGGCAAUUAGUUUUUCACAUUGGUGAUGGAUAAUUUUUUUUUGCUUCAAUAAAAAAACUACUGUGUUUACACAGGUUGCCCUUGUUUUAUGUUGUAUUUCAUUUGAAUAUCUAAAACUAUUUAUUAUAGAUAAACACACAAACGGAAGAAAUCAGGAUUUUCACAGCACUGUACUCCUGCAGUUCCUUUAACGUUGCUGUAGGUCUCUCUGCAGCCUCCAUGAUGCUUUUCAUCUUGUCCUUGCUUCAGUGAUGGAGGGACAUCCUGUUCUUGGGAAUGUCACUGGUGCCAAAUUUUCUCCACUUCUUGUCGAUGGCCAGCUAAUGUUUUAGAAAGUGAUUUGUACUCCCCUCCUGACCUCUGCCUUUCAACACCGAGAUACCGUACGCACGUACCGAAGCUGUCUGUGCACCAGGGCUGCAGCAGUCAGAUGAUCUCAAGAAAACCCUACAGAAACCGCUGUUCUUUAUUUGGGAUUAAUUAGAAUACUUUAUUGAUGAUGGCUGUAUGAUCAUUAACUCUAAACAUGAGUUUGAAUGUGAUUGGUUAAGCAGGUUAUUAAAAGUUUUUUCUCUGUUUUUCACUUGACCUCUGUUUGCUGUUUCACAUUAAAGUUAGAAAAAGA